AUGAUUCAUUUCGCUGAUGAGGUGGAACAGUUUGGGUGUUUGGAUACAUGUAGUUCAUUUCCGUUUGAGAAUUAUAUGCAAAAGUUAAAAAAAAUGAUGUCUACUGAUACACAUGAAGUUGUAGAAUUCCUUGAUGAGAAGUCAGUUGAAGUUGUUCCCAGAAGUUGGAUUGAAGCAUGUGAUGGUGUUUUGUGUUACUAUUGGCUGAGGACAAACUUCUUAGCUAGGGUAAAGGAGCUGGAAUUGCCGGACAAAACUCGUUGGAAAAAACAUAAAGUCAGAAUAUUCACAUUUGCAGACAACUUGAAAAGUGCCCAAAAGUUUGCUAGAAGAGCCAUUGCCACUUCAAACAUUGAAUCAGAUGAUGAGUCAAUCAACGAGAAGCCACGAAAACGUCCUCGUCUCAAAAGGAGUAUCGAAGAAUUUCCAGAUUACAGUGACAUAGAAAACGAUGAUGAAAAUGAUGAACCAGUAAUUCAACACAGAGCCCCUCGGUUACCUCCUGCUCCACGUUACGCAUCUUUUAGUAUGAACAAUAAGCAUUUAUUGGAAUCUUCUGAAAGUAAUAUGACAACAGCCGUCAAUGAAAUCUUAUCAACAAAUUCUAGAAAUUUGCCGGUGUACAGCGAGCUGAUCUCCUUUGCAGAAAAAGAUUUAUAUGACGGUGAACUAGCACCAGAAAUCCUAAACACAAAGGAUCAUGCAAUAACUUCGCCAUCUACUAGUAGGACACCAUCUCAGUGUAGUGAUAAAAGGCAACGUCUCUUCACAAGGAAUUCCUACAACUGGCACAACAAGAGAAAGACAUUCUCAACAAAACAGUGAUGUCUUAGGGAAGCUUUACUUACAAUUCAUUAUUGCACGUCUUUUUGUUACGUUUUCAUUUACGCUCAUUUCGUGUCGUUUGAAAUGUUUUUAUUUUCUUCACAACUAACUGCAACACGUGUUUGCUUUGCAGAUGCGCAUGACCUUUCAUCGCACGAAACGCCUUCGACAAGUUUUAUGAACAUAAUACCUACAGGAAGACGUUCUCAACCAAACAUUAAUGGCUUCCAAAGAUCAGUUCUCACCAAACUGGAAACAUUAAUUGAUAAGCAAGAAGAAGCGGUGUCAAUAUUGCGUGCUCUGUUAAGCGCUACGAAAGGUGUAGACGAGCACGAAAUUUUGGAUAAUGUUGUACCUAAUCCCUUAGAUUCGGUUGAAGAACUUGAGGACCUAUCCUCUAGUCUUGAUGAAGAAAAGUCCAGAGAAAGUUGCUACAGGACAUGCAAAUCUCAUGCGAGAAACUCGUUGAAUUACGUUUACGUCCCUUUGGGCCGAGUUUAUUGGAUCGCCCUGGCGCGAAAAGAUAUGAUGAUGAUGAUGAUGGGGAUUCUGCUUAAUCAUAGAAGUUCUACAUGUCGACUAAUUUCAAAGACUAGCAGUUUUAGAUUUGUAAAGUUAUGUACGAAUUUGAGUUAAUAUAAAAAUAAUGAUCCAGACAAGCAAAGCUAUGAAUUAAUCUAAAUGAACUUUCACAAAUGUUGACUGCCUUCCGCCUCUUUAAAUAAAUAUUCCGAAGUGUUUUUUUCCAUUGCACAAUAGUAUUGAAUGUAUACUUUUGUUUGAUGCGAGGCAAAAUGUGUACAUGGGACUCUGAGUCAUUUGAAUAGAAAAUAUUGUGAAUGUA